AUGGCCAGUACCGUCGGAAAGACCAUCACUUGCAAGGCUGCGAUCGCCUGGGCUGCCGGGGAGCCUCUGUCUGUCGAAGACGUCGAGGUCGCUCCCCCCAAAGCGCAUGAGGUGCGCAUUCAAAUCCACCACACAGGCGUCUGCCACACCGAUGCCUACACGCUCUCCGGUAAGGACCCGGAGGGUGCUUUCCCCAUUGUUCUGGGACACGAGGGUGCUGGCAUUGUCGAGUCGGUGGGUGAGGGCGUGACCUCGGUCAAGCCUGGCGACUAUGUGAUCGCUCUCUAUACUCCUGAAUGCCGUGAGUGCAAGUUCUGCAAGUCUGGCAAGACCAACCUCUGUGGAAAGAUCCGUGCUACGCAGGGCAAGGGUGUCAUGCCCGAUGGCACCUCCCGGUUCAAGGCCCGCGGCAAGGACAUCCUGCACUUCAUGGGCACCUCGACCUUCUCGCAGUACACUGUGGUCGCCGACAUCUCCGUCGUCGCGGUCACAGACAAGAUCCCUACCGACCGCUCGUGUCUGCUUGGCUGCGGUAUCACCACGGGCUACGGUGCCGCGGUGGUGACGGCGAAGGUUGAAGAGGGCUCCAACGUCGCCGUGUUCGGUGCCGGCUGUGUCGGUCUGUCGGUGAUGCAGGGUGCGGUCAAGAAUAAGGCCGGCAAGAUCAUUGCGGUCGACGUCAACGACGACAAGGAGGCCUGGGCACGCAAAUUCGGUGCCACCGACUUUGUCAACCCGACCAAGCUCUCGGGCAAGACCAUUCAGGAACACCUGAUUGAGAUGACCGACGGCGGCUGCGAUUACACUUUCGACUGCACCGGCAACGUCGGUGUCAUGCGCGCCGCGCUCGAGGCCUGCCACAAGGGCUGGGGUGAGAGCAUCAUCAUCGGUGUGGCGGCCGCUGGCCAGGAGAUCUCGACUCGGCCAUUCCAGCUCGUCACCGGUCGCGUGUGGAAGGGAUGUGCCUUUGGCGGUAUCAAGGGCCGCACGCAGCUGCCGGGCCUGGUGGACGACUACCUCAACGGUAAGCUCAAGGUGGACGAGUUUAUCACGCACCGUCAGCCGCUGGAUGGCAUCAACAGUGCCUUCGACCAGAUGAAGCAGGGUGACUGCGUCCGCUGCGUGGUGGACAUGAAAUAG